CAGUCGGCGGGGGUGGGCUGCGGGCGGUUGGUUGGAGCGUCGCGCAGUCGAGAGGUCCGGGAAAGUUUCUUUGGAGGUCCGGCCCGGAGCAGCCAUGUCCCACGGCCCCAAGCAGCCCGGCGCGGCCGCCGCGCCGGCGGGCGGCAAGGCUCCGGGCCAGCAUGGGGGCUUCGUGGUGGCUGUCAAGCAAGAGCGCGGCGAGGGUCCACGCGCCGGCGAGAAGGGGUCCCACGAGGAGGAGCCGGUGAAGAAACGCGGCUGGCCCAAGGGCAAGAAGCGGAAGAAGAUUCUGCCGAAUGGGCCCAAGGCACCGGUCACGGGCUACGUGCGCUUCCUGAACGAGCGGCGCGAGCAGAUCCGCACGCGCCACCCGGAUCUGCCCUUUCCCGAGAUCACCAAGAUGCUGGGCGCCGAGUGGAGCAAGCUGCAGCCAACGGAGAAGCAGCGGUACUUGGACGAGGCCGAGAGAGAGAAGCAGCAGUACAUGAAGGAGCUGCGGGCGUACCAGCAGUCGGAAGCCUAUAAGAUGUGCACGGAGAAGAUCCAGGAGAAGAAGAUCAAGAAAGAAGACUCGGGCUCUGGGCUCAUGAACACUCUCCUGAAUGGACACAAGGGUGGGGACUGCGAUGGCUUCUCCACCUUCGAUGUUCCCAUCUUCACUGAAGAGUUCUUGGACCAAAACAAAGCGCGCGAGGCGGAGCUUCGGCGUUUGCGGAAGAUGAACGUGGCCUUCGAGGAGCAGAACGCGGUGCUGCAGAGGCACACGCAGAGCAUGAGCAGCGCGCGCGAGCGUCUGGAGCAGGAGCUGGCGCUGGAGGAGCGAAGGACGCUGGCGCUGCAGCAGCAGCUCCAGGCCGUGCGCCAGGCACUCACCGCCAGCUUCGCCUCGCUGCCGGUGCCGGGCUCGGGCGAAACGCCCACGCUGGGCACUCUGGACUUCUACAUGGCCCGGCUGCACGGAGCCAUCGAGCGCGACCCUGCGCAGCACGAGAAGCUCAUCGUCCGCAUCAAGGAAAUCCUGGCCCAGGUCGCCAGCGAGCACCUGUGAGGAGUGGGCGGGCCCACGAUGCAGACGAGAAGCUGUGGGCGCAGCCCUGCCCCACCCCACCCCGUGGACGAGAGGCUGGGGGUCCACCCUUUGGGGCCUGGUCCCAUCUUGCACCUUGGGGGCUCCAGCCCCCCUAAAAUUAAAUUUCUGCAGCAUCCCUUUAGCUUUCAGUCUCCCCAGCCCCCUGAACCCAGAAAAAGCACUCGCUGCGCAAUACACCCAGAAGAACCGCACAACCGCAGGUGCCCCUCCUCGGAGGACAGCCGCACGCUCCACUGGCUCCCC